GGUACUGUUGGCGAGUAUUGUAGUCGUACCUUUGUUGGCUUUUUUGGUAUCCAAGCCUUGUCCAACGGGAAAACGGGCGAAUUGAGGUCGCCAGGGAAGAUGAGAAGAAGCCUCUACCUAGACAGAGAGGCAAGGAAUGAAUGAUAAAUAUAUCACCUCGUUAUUCUAAUAUAUUCCGAAUAGAGUUUAUGAAGUUUUUCGAAAAUAAAGAAAGAAUUCAAUGUAUUGGUGAAGUGGUGAAGUGGUGAAAUGGUGAAAUGGUGUCCAAUGCAUUCAUUCAAUGAUAUAAAUAAGACUUGAGAUCUUUACAACCAACGAAGGAAUAGAUGUGGAAAAAGCUUUGGCGCUUGUGAAUUGUGAUUGGUGAGAAGCCGCCUUAGUCAUCAAUUAAAUAUGCCAUAGCUUCGUUUCCAUCCAAUAUAUCUUAAAUAUAUCAUAUAUCAUAUAUCCAUCCAUCGUCCAUCAUCCAUCAUCCAUCAUAUCGCAGAUAAUUCCAAAAUAACAAUCACGACCAAAGAACCAUCUAAGUUCUUCCCGGAAAUCUUGGGUUGCUUGAGAUUCAGUUCGAAGGAACAGCGGCGUGUUACUUGCUUGGCACAUCCCAUUGUUUACAAUCUUAUAAACCGAGAUUGGACUUUCGAAUACUUUGUCAAUAUGGCCUCUGCGACAGCUACCGGUCAAUUUGGCACGACCCUCAUUGAUUUUACUUUGAAAAAAGAAUUUCCGGAUGAGGAAGUUUCUGCUUCUACGGUUCAGAAUGUAGCUCUACCAGAAGCUUUAGAAUCCCUGGGUCAAGCUAAAUUAUCUCUCGAAGUGAGUCUCCAAAAGUCCCCGACUGUGUUAAUCACUGCCGCCCUUCAGUUUAUUAACUAUACUUCCUACAGACAGAAGUUCGUCAAAUCAGUAGUGAAAGCGCUUCCGACGUCGAUAAAUGGAUACAACAUGCUCAAGCCCUCCAGGAUGAUAUUGACAAAUCAAGAAAACUGGCAAACGAAGUCGUUCAACAAGCAGAGGCGGACGAAUCCCGAUUCACCAAUUUACAAAAUCACGAAAAUCAUCUUGAACUUCUGGCAAAGGAAAUCGAAUUUAAUGCGCAAUUGGUGGAAUGUAUACAGUGGAUAAAGUGUGCGAAUGAUUCUCUUGACAAAGCUGCCGAGCAGGCGGAUAAAUGUGAGAUUCACGAAGCUUUAAUGUCUCUCGACAUAGCAGGCAAUCAAAUGGCGGAAAUCCCAGCAGAAAACACCGUAAGAGCGGUGCGGCUUUUGGAGACUCGAUUCCAUGGGCUGAAAACUUCUUUGAAAGAACAGUUCAACGGACUCCGCGAUUCAUUGAUAUGUGUUCAGCCCAAAGAAGCUUCCGUCACAAUCCAUGAGAAGCUCAGCGGUAUUCCAACGUCUUUGGAGGAUGUCGCUAUUGGAUUACAUAGAUUCAAAGUGUUUGAUGCUUUUGGCAAAGAUUUAUGGGAGAAGUUGUCUGAAACCAUCAUCCAGCCUCGGAUCGGCCUUGAAUCGACACCCUCUCUGUUCAAAAUAUGUAUUGAGAAUAACACGCUCCGUGUCACCAAGGAACAAGCGGAUCCUACCAUAAAAUCCUUGUUUCAGGAUCUUUUAGACAUCAUUCGCUUUCUGGACCGGAACUUGCCCAAGUCAAUGGUGAAGUCCUUGUCCGCGGCGAUGAUGCCUGAUUUAUCUGAAAUCAUAAUUGAAACAUGGCUAGAAUCGUCUGUACCAACAUCCCUAAAUGAUAUGGCCGACUAUCAAAAAGCGCUAGCUCGAACCACUGCAUUUGCUGAUGCUUUGGAAUCCUUGGGAUGGCCAGAAGCACGGAAAUUUCGUGAAUGGGUUGAAGGCGCCGCUAAAAUUUGGUUGACCAAGAAGAGGGAGACGUCACUGGACAGCAUUCGUAAUGCGUUAGCCCUUGGUAUGUGUAUCUCACUUUUGCUACAAAUAAGUCCCGCAAACUUUCUGCUUAUUUACUUGAUACUAAUGGAAUAUUAUCAGGUAUUGGUCAGCCCGUGGAAGCUAAACGUGUGGAAAUGCGUAUGGUGACCAAGGAUGAUGGUAUGCAUGUUACUGCUAGUGGAGAGGCGGUGAAAGAUGAUUGGAACUGGGGUGAGGAAGAUGAAGAUGAAGAAACACAACCUGUGAUAAGAAGUCGAGCUUCUUUAGACGAGGAACGAAGGGCGAGCUCAAUAUCCAUUCCCCCUACCCAGGACGAGAAUAUACAAGUAGAUGAAGAAGACGCUUGGGGUUGGGGUGAUGAGAAUGAAGUCGCCGUUGAAUCGCCUCCGGAUGAUCAUCCAACACGAGUCCUUCAAACACCGAAUAGUCCUAUCAAAACAAAUGAUCCAACAGAGAAGCGUAGCGUCACACUUUCGGAGAAGUAUUGGACAUCAACCAUGCCUUUGACAGUAUUUAACCAUAUUGUAAAUAUCUAUGAAGAUGGUGGCAAAUUAAUGCAGCCAGAGUGCGUAUUCCUAUCUUCCAAGUCAAGAACAUUACAAUGGCUAACUCUCGAAAGUCACGAUCCGAUUCCUGUUUCACCCGCCGCUGGUGGUUUGUUCAAUAUUCCCACCUUAAUUCUAGCAAUGUAUCGUGCAGUAUCUCCAUGUUAUUAUGCCCUUGAUCCAAAGGGAAAUAUGUAAGUUCCAAGUCAGUUCUUCCCUCUCCUUUAUAACAUUCUCACUUUUCGUAAUCCAGGUUCUCUUACAACGAUGCUAUGUGGUUGGUUGAUAAAUUAAAAAAUUUCUCCAAAGAGUGGCAUUUACGAACAGACUUGACUCCUCGAGCUUUGAAUUUGGUCAAGAUUGAUUCAGAAAUCGGACCUCUUGAAAGUUUUGGAAAGAGAGCUUACAAAAACGAGAUGGACACACAGCGUACAAUUAUACAUGACUUACUUGGUGGUAUGUGUACACAAACAAUUAUUUCACAACUUUAUUAACAUUAGCCAGGCUCUCAAAAUUUCGUAUACAAUGACAGUGAAAACGCUAUCCGUGCUGUCGUUGGUCAUAUCAACCAACAAUCUAGCUCUUGGAAAGAAAUACUUUCUGAUUCGACUUGGGCAUUAGCUGUUGGUACAUUAGUCAACACAGUUGCCACUAAAAUCAUCAAUGAUGUUUUCGAACUCACAGAUCUUGGAGUAGAUAAAGCCGAAAGAAUAGCAUUACUAAUCCAACAAGUCAGUGAUCUAGAGUCUCUAUUCAAACCAAAUGAAAUUGGGACAUACGCUGGCAACUGGCUAAAGAUGCAAUUUUUGAGCGAAGUCCUACAAAGUAAUUUGAAGGACAUUAGGUAUCUCUGGUUUGAGAGUCAUCUUAGUUUAUAUUUUUCAAAAGAUGAGGUGCGCGACUUAAUUGAGUUAAGCUUUGAAGAUAAUCCCAAUUCUAGAUCAUUGAUCAAGGAUAUCAAGGAAAAGCCAAUGCCGGAUUUUGGGGGUAUGUAAAGAGCAGGAACUGGGUUGAACAUGAUGAGGAGGAGUACAAGGAGUAUGUACUCUGAUUUGAGCACACUUUACACCGUAUAUAUAUAUAUAAGUAGAACUGUAAUUAGAAGAACAUAAUAUACAAUACGAUAUUAUCAUCAUCGUCUUCAGACAUCCUCCACAUGAAAAACA